AUGUUCUCCCAACCGGAGCCGGAACGUGUUAUUUACCAUCUGUCUUACGUCUACCGUGAUUGUGAGGCUGCCCAUUUACGUCUUAUGCAAGACUACUUCAACGACAAUCCGACGUACGGGCCUACAUUUUUCCGACGGCGUUUUCGAAUACAUAAGGAGUUGUUUUUGCGCAUCGUCGAUGCUGUGCAAGGUGAAGAUGGUUACUUUCGGAUGAGCCAUGAUGUUGUGGGCCGGGACUCUCUCACGCCUUUGCAGAAAUGCACGGCGGCUAUCCGCCAAUUAGCCACCGACGUCAAUGUGGAUACUUUCGACGAGUAUCUCAAGAUCGCCGACACGGCGGGGCGUAUAUGCCUAAAGAAAUUUUGCAAAGCUGUCAUCUGGGCAUACGGUGCCGAGCGUGGAAGAAUUGCCCAAAUGUGUGGCAUGGCGCAUACACACGCGGUGAUCAAGGGGAGCCUACCUUGA